AAAUGUCAAUGUCAAGUAAUGUAAUAAAUUAUUUUAACGAAAAUAAUUAUUUUUGUCUAGAAUUCGUGUUUUAUUAAAUUUUAAAAACAAAAAUGUAUAUCGCACCACUCGUUUUUACAAUACUAGUCACUCUAAUUAGUGGUAUAUUUUCCAAAAGUGUAGAACUUACGUUCGAAUUGCCAGAUAGUGCCGUCGAAUGUUUUUAUCAGGAAAUUGAGCAAAAUACAUCUGCCUCGUUGGAAUAUCAGGUUAUAACUGGAGGCCAGUAUGAUGUGGAUCUAAAAGUUGAAGGCCCAAACAAACAGAUAAUAUAUCAGCAACAGAAAAUGCAGUAUGAUUCUCAUCAGUUCACAGCACAACAUACAGGAGUGUACAAAGUUUGCUUCAGUAAUGAAUUCAGCACAUUUUCGCACAAACUUGUUUAUAUGGAGCUAAAUGUGGGACCAGAGCAGCCACUUCCUGGUAUUGGUGAACAUGCCACUGUACUAACACAGCUCGAGACUUCAGCAGAUGAAAUCCAUUCGGCCCUAAAUAGGAUUAUUGAUCAUCAAACUCAUCACAGAUUAAGAGAGGCUCAAGGGCGCAAAGCGGCUGAAUAUCUAAACGAGAGAGUGUUCUGGUGGUCAAUGUGUGAAACUGUAGCUAUUGUUUGUGUUGCAUUUGCACAAGUUAUGGUCUUAAAGAACUUCUUUAGUGACAGACCAACCUUAUAUAAUAAAAUGUAAUAGUAAAUGUAAAAUAGUAUAAUUAUUAAUAUAUUCCAUGGGCUAAAUA